AUGCACAUCAUCGACCCCGAUCGCUACCCACUCGCCCCAGGUGCUGCCUACGUGCCGCCUGUACACAACAUAUGGGAUGCGGUCGCCAACGAAACCACGUUCGGAAUGAAGCAUAUCGUCAUCGUGCAACCCUCCAUCUACGGCUACGAUAAUACGGCUCUGCUUGAGUCUCUACGAGCGCUAGGCCCUACGAGAGCACGAGCAGUGGUCCAGUUCCAGCCUUCCAUAAACCGCACCACACUUCAGGCAUGGCAUCAGCUAGGAGUUCGAGGCGUGCGCUUGAAUCUCCAGUCCACCGAUCAGACAGUCAACGCCACUGCCUUUGCAGCUACCUUACGACAGUAUGCGGAUAUCAUCAGGCCUCUUGGCUGGGUGCUUCAAGCCUACAUUUCCAUGGACCUGAUUGGCGCUCUGGAGAGCACCAUUCGCGACCUCGGCGUUCCCUUCUGUGUAGAUCAUUUUGGUCAACCUUCGGCGUCACCAGUCAACUCUUCGGCGAAGAACUUCGAUCCAUAUACAAUCCCUGGGUUUCCCGCCACGAUCCGCCUUCUUCAAGGCGGACAUAUGUGGGUCAAGUUUUCGGCCAAUUACCGUGUAAAUUUGACGGCUCACGGUCUUGAGACCGUAGGUAAGGAGAUACUGAGGGUACGGAGCGACCGAGUUGUCUGGGCCACCGACUGGCCGCACACUCGUUUCGAAGGCGUGGACAUCCGACCAUUCGAAGAGGAGGUGUUGGAGUGGUGUGAAGAGAUAGACGCAGUGGAACAGGUGUUCAGUACCAAUGCGAAGUGUCUUUGGGGUAUCUAUUCAUCAGCUCAAGGUUGCCAGAUCGUCUAA